AUGCGCUUCUCGAUCCUAUCAGCUAUUUCAACGUUUUCUGCCCUGGGCCAUGCGCUCCCAAGCAAUUUGCAGACCCGAGAUGUCGCUGCUGCCGAGUUGUCGGAAUUCAAGUUCUGGAUUCAGUAUGCCGCUGCAGCCUACUGUUAUGACAGCUACACCGCAAAGGCCGGCACUAAACUGAGCUGCUCGGCCGGCAACUGUCCUGAUGUUGAGGCUGCCGGUGCAACAAUUGUCUACGACUUUUCCAACACUACCAUAACCGACACCGCUGGAUUCAUAGCAUUGGACGAAACCAAUAAAGCAAUUAUCCUAUCCUUCCGCGGCUCCUACUCUGUCCGCAAUUGGCUCGCUGAUGUCGACUUCCCCUAUACCAACCCUGGCCUCUGUGACGGCUGCGAAGCGGAAUCCGGCUUCUGGAACUCAUGGGCUAACGUCCGGGACCCUAUUUCAAAGAUCCUGAACGAAACUGUUGCCGACUACCCCGACUACGAACUGGUCGUAGUAGGCCACAGCCUGGGUGCCGGUAUUGCUACCCUCGCAGCGGCCAACCUGCGUGGAAUGGGCCACCCUUCGAUCAAAAUGUACGCGUAUGCUUCGCCUCGGGUCGCCAACCCUGCUUUGGCGAAUUAUAUCACCGCACAGGGAAAUAACUACCGCUUUACUCAUACCGAUGAUCCGGUUCCUAAGCUGCCUCUGCUUGCCAUGGGAUAUGUUCACAUUGGCCCUGAAUAUUGGAUCACAUCGGGUAACAAUGUUACGGUAACCACCGGUGAUAUUGAGGUUCUCGAAGGCACGGUCAAUUUGAAUGGCAACACUGGAACCGGUGUCCCAUUGAUUUCAGAUUUCCCCGCUCACCAUUGGUACUUUGAGCAAGCGGACGAGUGUUUGGGAGCUGGUCUGCCUUUCAAGGCAUAG